GAGUUCACCCCCAGCUUGCUCCAAACACUCAGAGAAGCCAGAGAGACAUGAAAAAGGAGACUUGCUUAACAACUUGUUUUUCAUUUUUCUUCCUCACGCUGCUUGUGUGGAAAACCCUAUGAGGAAACAACUUGCUUUGCUUUUGCCAGUUUUCCAUCAGGACUGUCUUGUGGACAUACCUUAACAGAUGACAGCCUCUCUGCUGGUGCACUAAACAUGGCAAGUUUAUCGGCACAGAUCUCAGGGAGCGUCUCUGUAGAGGAUUAUGAUCAAAGUUGCUGCCUGGUAGAGGAGAAACUUCUGUGAAGAUGUUCAGGGUGUACCCUGCCUCUCGCCCGGAGAUAGCUGGGAUGGCUCCAGCACGCCCGCGACCCUAGUGAGGAUAAGCGGAAGGGAAGAUGAAUGAACUCGUUCAGAACCCAGAAUCUCUGGACUCGUCCAUUCAGAGUGCCCUUUCAGCCCUCUACCCUCCUUUUGAAGCCACAGCGCCCAUCGUACUCAGCCAGCUCUUUCGCACCAUCGAUGAACGUUACCAUGGCGAUGCCUUGCAGUGCCUACUGGAUUUCCUCAUCCCUUCCAAACACCUGCUGGAAAGUGUACAACAAGCUGCGUGUGCUGGAUACUCGGAUGUGGUUUUCCGCUGUGAGGGCUGGCCUCUCUGCCUCCAUGACAAAACAGUGGUCCAGUUAGCACACGUGAACCCUUUGCUGCUGCGUCCUGGAGACUUUUAUCUCCAGGUGGAACCUUUUGGUGAUCAGGCAGCUCGUAUUGUCCUAAAAAGUCUUUUGGAAGCCGGAUGUCGCGAAGUGGAGGAGACUCCGAUCCCUGAGACUUCGUACCCGUGCAUCUUCACUGAAGACUGGCUGCACGAAAUCAAUGACGGACGACACGGGACUCCUCUGUCUCGCUGCUUACUUUGCACUGACCAAGGAGUAAUCAAGUUGCCAUGGGCAGAGGUGGCCAUCCCAGAGUUUUUGGACAAGCCAAAGUUUAUGACCGCUCAUCAGCAAGUUCCUCCUGAGCCAAAGCUAAUGUCAGUUCCGUGCACUUAUGGAGCAUCCACUCUCCCAUUGGAGGCACGGGUUCUUCCAUUAAAAGAUAGGAUGUCAUCAUCUCUAAGACCUGUGGACUGUUCUUCCAAACUUGUCAGAUUAGAACAUUAUAAAAGAAUCCCCAGAUCCUAUUCUAAACCUCUAAUCAAACCUGUGGGUUGGGUGUCCCCUAAUACUUGGGACAGCCGCAACUAUCCAGAAAUUGAAGGUGAUUAUGUUGACUUGGUGGAUGUUGCAAAAGGGAAGGAAUUUGUGAUGAAACAUGGAAGCCAUUCAAAUGCACCAAAUGCAGUCUUGAUCAAACCUGUCAGACCACCUCCAUCUGCGCCGCUGGCGAGCAGUGUUUUUUGCGGACGGACUCUUCAGUAUGCAGAAGAUCCUUGUAUGCCAUGCAGCCAGGGAAAGCUGGGGGAGAACCACUCAGAAGAAGACAUCAGGUACAAGUGCAGGUACAGGGACUCUUAUCUGGCAGCGCUGACAAACCCUGUCCCUUUCGAAAAAGGUAGCGUUGACCUUCUUGCAGCUCUAGAAGAGGUCAGCCUUUCUGAAGAUUUGGACCAAAACAAUGAACUUGGACAGUUUUGUAACCACUGUAAUACACCCAUGUCAGGCCAGGAAUUCUGCCAAUACAGACACUGCUGUGAGCCAACAACACAAAUAUUUGGCUGCAGUCACAAAAACAUCCCCACAAGCCCGAAAUCAGAGGACAUUCUGAAGGAAUCACCCGUUAUUUUGACAUCAACACCUGGCUUAAGUUACAGUCAUAAAGUUCAAAUCAAAUUUCUUUCUCAGUCUGAGCACAUGGCGCAACCUGAGCUACCUUUAAACACAUCUGAUGAUUGGGACAAGAAGCCACACCAGAACGUGGAUGUCAUGAAAUCAUCAGGGAAACACAAAUCCAAGUCGAGGUCUCUGUCAACUGUCUCUGACACUCCUAAAGGUAGUCCACUUUUCUAUAAACACAACAACAGGAGCCACAGUGAUAUUUGCCCCGAGACAGUUAGCAGUGUGAUGCAGUACAAGAAAGCUGAACUACCACAUCAAGUGACUCCAAAGGUGGAAAGACUGAAAUCCUACAAAAAAGAUUCCCAACCCAGUGGAAGUGAAACGCCCUCCACUUCAGAUGGACUUCCGCUGAGCCUCCAGAACUCAAAGACAGAAGACAAAUCUUCCUCUCAGCCCGCCUCUGUCAGUUUUAUGCUGCCUCAGUCUUUUCAAAGUCUGAAGUCCACUCUCAGAAGCAUCAGUGGCUUGCUUGAACUGGCUAUCAUUUGUUUACCGGGCAGUCGGGACAAGACUGGUCGGGCAGUGGUGGAGAUUCUCUGUGACAAGGAGUGGACCACACCUCCUUUAUCAGCACAGAAUCUCUGCGAGUUACUGCUCUAUCUCCACUCCAUACCCAGGAAAGAUGUACGAGAGCUGGGAAUGACUUUGAUCAUCGAUGCCAGGAAGAAAGCUCCUCCGCCUCACCUCUACAAAGCGCUGCUCAUGGCGCAGGAGCAAGCACUUCAUGCUGUUCACAGUAUAAUCAUGCUGGUGGACAAAGACACAUGUCCACGCCCUGAAAAGCAGCCAGGUCUGCAGAUGGACUUGGUGAUGUCUAUGAAGGCCCUCUACAAGACAGUGGAUGCUUCCCAGUUGACCUCUGAGCUGGGAGGAACCUUUAGCUACAGCCAUACGGAUUGGCUGCAGUUCCAUCAGAAACUGGUUUCUUUCAUAACUGACCUGCAAGAGGCUGACAGUUUGUUGCAGAGGGCUAUUACUAAAGUGAAUGAGAGCAACGUCAUGGACACAGCCCUGGAAGUACAUCGAUGCAUUCAGGAACAGAGGGAUUUAAUGAAGGAGGUGCUGGAGGACACUCGAUUGGUGACGCUGCAGAGAGAGGGCGGGGCGGUACUGGCCAGGAUGAGGAGGGAAGAGUUUCGAUUUCCACAGUCUGAAGACUACAGAGAUGCUCUGGAGUCAGUGACAUAUUUGUACAACCAGGUGGAGGAGAAGCUCCACAUGCUAGUGAUGAGAUCAAAUGAGUCACUUCAGCAAUUGGAGUUCAUUUUCGUGCUAAGAGACAUGGAUGCAAAAAUCAAAGAGUCUGCUGUGUGGUUCAGUAAGGAAGGUGAACAUAGACUAAAGGAGUUUGACAAAAAAGAUGAUAAUGUGUACACGGAAGACAUCUUGCACCAGUUUGACACAUUCCUCCUUCUUGCAAAGGGGAAACAGCAGUAUGUCUUGACUCUAGCGAAUGAAGCAGAAAAACAUGUGGGUACCAGUGUCUCCAGUCCAGUGACAGAUGUUUUUCUGACGCUCCUUAACACCUUCAAGUCCAAUGUAGAUGACUUUAUGUCACGUGUGGAGCAGAUGCACAAAGAACUUGAGACACUUGUGAAAGUGCACCGCUUCUGUAAUCAGGCAUCUGCUUGGGCCAAGGAAUGCAGUCAUUUUUUGGAGCAGGUAGAGUUAGGGUGUUACUUGCCUCAAGCCACUCUCAGCACACUGCAGCUGUACGAAGAGAGAUUAGGUGAUGAAUUCUCCACCCGGCAUUUCCAGGCCUUGAAAUCUAAAGCCUGUUCUUUAAGAUCAGGGUCCUUGGGUGCGAUGAGCAUGUGGAAUGCGGCUUGGGUGCAUUGCCAAGAAGUCAGGCAGCGUCUUGAGAAGACGCAGAAGAAAAAGGCAUGCAGAGAUAAGAAGCAGAACCAACAGACCACAGCCCUAAACACUCAUGGGGAAGCUGGAGGAAUGGAGAUUAAGCCUGAAAUGAGGGAGGAUGAAUGGUCCCUGACCCAGCAACCAACCUGUCAAAAGGAUGUAGUUCAUAUCCCUAAAAGUGAACACGCCACAGCUGCAUCGUCACUCUUGAAAGGGAAUGAAGAAAGGGAACUUCAAGCUCUGAAGUUACAACGACUAAGGAAUGGAGAAACACGUACUGGUCCACAAAUAGUCCACUUUCAUCCAGACAUAAAAUGGAAAUCAAGAGGGCAUCACAGUGACAUUGACCUGAGUAGAACAGCUUUAGUUCAAGGAGAUGCUAACAUCCCACGGUACCAAGUCUUGGGUCGGUCCAUGAGUGAGGGAUCAUGUAUAACCACUCAUAUGCCAUUUUCCAUUGGUGUUUCACCUUUUAAUGUAAGACAGCCACUCUGUCAGAGGAAUAAGCAACUAUUGGAACAAAACUCAGAGCCUCUCCAAAAUCUGUCUGCUCCCCACAUUGAGAGUCUGAGCUUCAAAUCAAGAGAUGGCAAUGAGGAAUGUCCCACCAAAGAACAUACAACCUCAACCCAAAUCUCUGAAGAUAGAAAGGAGAUAUUAUUCAUAUCAAAAGACAACAAUGGAAGCAAUGUUUUGAAACUGCGUAAGAUCAUGGAGGAGCUCCUUUCCACGGAGAGGGAAUAUGUUAAGGCUCUGGGCUAUGUUCGAGAACACUACUUCCCCGAGUUGGAGAGGAGCGACGUGCCACAGGACCUCAGGGGCCAGAAGGGGAGUAUCUUUGGUAACCUCGAAAAACUUCAUGACUUUCACCGCCAUCAUUUCCUGAGUGAGCUGGAGAACUGCGUGAAUGAACCCUUCAGGGUGGGACGCUGCUUCCUACGACAUAGAGAAAACUUUGCUUUGUAUGCCCUUUACAGCAAAAAUAAACCACAGUCUGAUAGUCUUCUCAUCAAUCAUGGAAAGGCUUUCUUCAAGCAAAAGCAGCUAAAUCUCAGGGACAAAAUGGACCUUUGGUCUUACUUACUGAAACCAGUGCAGCGGAUCAGUAAGUACAGUCUGCUGCUGCAAGACAUGAUGAGGGAGUGUGCACCAGGACAAGUCCGAGAGCUGGCUGAACUCAAAGUUGCCUUGGAGCUAGUUCAGUUCCAGCUCAGACAUAGCAACAAUCUUCUGGCCAUGGACGCCAUCCACCAAUGUGAUGUUAAUCUCAAGGAGCAAGGGCAGCUCAUUCGCCAGGAUGAGUUCGCUGUAACAUUCAGGAAGAAAAAAUGUUCCCGUCAUGUUUUCCUCUUUCAAGAGCUCAUCCUCUUUAGCAAGACCAGGACGACAGAUGUGGGGAAUGAUACAUACGUCUACAAACAAUCAUUCAAGACGUCAGAUGUUGGCAUGACCCAGAACACUGGCGACACCGGCCUUUGCUUUGAGAUUUGGUUCAGAAAGCGAAAAACCCAAGACACAUACACACUGCAAGCAGUUAGUCGGGAAGUGAAGGAGGCUUGGACCAGGGACCUGGAACGGAUCCUGUGGGAUCAGGCACUACAUAACCGAGAGGUCCGUAUGCAAGAAAGAGUGUUCAUGGGAAUUGGAAACAAGCCCUUCAUGGACAUCCAACCCAGUGAUGCAGCUAUCAGUAACAGAGCCGUUGACUGUGGACUGAUGGCAAGAGAAAGCAAGGUGUUACUCAAUCUUGCACCAUAUGGUCCACACAAUGGGCUUCCUGGGGCACGACCAAAAUCUGCUGGUUCACGGAGUACUUCAUCUUCCUCCUCUUCGUCAGGACUGGGUUCCCUGUCCCCGACAGCAUAUUUCUGUGGGCCAAAACAGAAGGAGAUAACAAGUGGCUUUGAAGGAUACGUAUCACCAGCAGGGGUUCUAGAGGAGGAUGACAUGGACCGUGAGAGUGGGAGUCACAACUUAUUGUUGGACAGCUCAGAGUCUUCAGGAGAAAGUGUCAGUGGCCUCAGCAGCUCUGCUCACAGUUGCCGCUCUGCUCUGGAAAGGGAGGCUGAGGACGUGUCUUCAGUCUGUAUCUCCACCAUCGCUGUCACGGAGGCGGCAGAGUCCAGUCAAACUGGAGCUUGCAGAUUCUCUGAGCAAAGCCAAGCACCAGUUGCACCUCAGGUCAAAAGCCUGCUCUGUGCCAAGAACUUAAAUGUUGGCAAGAACACUGAAGUUUGAACAAUCACACAAGGUCUAGUGACACUAUUGAGAGUCCCCGAGAGGGCCAAGAUUACUUGGUAGCAGCUGAUAAUGCAAACAAUCUCAUUCUGUAUAGUAUUGUAUAGAUCUGUUUUCUAAUCUCAAUUUUAAAAAAAAGUCUAUUCAACAGUGAUUAGUUAUAAAAUAUGCACUUGACACAGUCUUGUAUAGCCUGAAUUUAAAACAUGUAAACAGGAUCAUAGCAAUAUUUAAGUAUCUGCUUAUUAUAUAUACAGUUAUUGCAAAUUUAAUAACAAUUGAAUAAUGCAGUGGAAUAACAAUGCAGACACGAAGCACCAUCAGUGUCUCUAAUUAACAGUUUGAGGGUACUAUUACUUAUGGUUACUAAGACAUACCAUUGUAUUAUUUUGUAAUCGAUAGCUUUCUGUACAUAUGUAUCCAGCUUGAUGUAAACACAAUUUGUCUUUACAACACUAACAUGUUACUGAUAUUAACAGUUGUAUGCCUUUCUAUUUGGCUCAGUGAUGUGUAUGUUUGCUUUAUACUGUAUUUUUAUUUGUGGCUCAUAUUUUUCUAAUAAUAAAACAAAUUUCAAAUGGACAACCACAA